UGGCAGUCGCUCUUCCAAAACCUUCAAGCCAAAGAAGAACAUCCCGGAGGGCUCCCACCAGUACGAGCUGCUCAAGCACGCCGAGGCCACGCUGGGCAGCGGCAACCUGCGCAUGGCCGUCAUGCUGCCCGAGGGCGAAGACCUCAACGAGUGGGUCGCGGUUAACACCCUCCCUUAUUUUGCUUGCUGUUUUCUGCUGUGGCAGGGCAACAUCGCAGCUGGGAAAUCAACCUUUGUGAAUAUUCUCAAACAAGCUGAUGAAGAAUGGGAAGUUGUUCCUGAGCCUGUAGCAAGAUGGUGCAAUGUUCAACAAAAUGCUGAUGAGGAUGGCGAGGAGCUGACCACGUCUCAGAGGAGCGGUGGCAACGUGCUGCGCAUGAUGUACGAGAAGCCGGAGCGGUGGUCCUUCACCUUCCAGACGUACGCGUGCCUCAGCCGGAUCCGCGCCCAGCUCCGCUCCCUCGACGGGAAGCUGCGCGAGGCCGAGAAUCCUGUCGUCUUCUUCGAGAGAUCUGUCUACAGCGACAGGUACAUCUUUGCAGCUAACUUGUACGAGUCUGAUUGUAUGAAUGAGACCGAAUGGACUAUUUACCAAGACUGGCACGAUUGGAUGAACAAGCAGUUUGGUCAAAGUCUAGUGCUGGAUGGCAUCAUUUAUCUCAGAGCUACUCCUGAGAAAUGCUUAAAUAGGAUUUACUUGCGUGGAAGAGAUGAAGAGCAAGAAAUUCCCAUUGAAUAUCUGGAGAAGCUUCAUUACAAGCACGAAAGUUGGCUUCAGCAUAGAACAUUGCGAACUGAUUUUGAAUACCUACAGGAAAUCCCUAUUUUAACAUUAGAUGUUAAUGAAGACUUCAAAGGCAAAAAGGACAGAUAUGAUCACAUGACUGAAAAGGUCAAAGAAUUUUUGAGCACGCUAUAAUCCUCUUUGAAGCAUAGGCAGAGUCAAACUGUUGCAAACAUCUGUGAGAUCAAAGUCUGAAGUACAGCUUCUGCUUUCGUGGAGAGCCUCUGGAGAGGCAGGACUCAACCCUGUUAAUUAAUUGUGAGGAACAAACCAACUUUCCGUAUAGAGAAAUUAUUAAAUAAACCUGAGGUCUGCUCAGUGUUACUUUAUAUAACACA